UGAAAUUCUUUCGCUACCCUGCCGGCUCCUCUCCUUGCCGUCGCUUCUACCUUCUGACUUCGGAAACCCUGUCGUCGCCCUCACCGUCGCCGGAUCCUCUCGAUCGUCGUCGAGACUAGUCGGGAAAAGGCCUUUCCUUCCCUUCCCUCCUCCGGCAUCCUUUCGCCGUAGCCUAGCAAGGUAGGUCUGUAGGGGAAGAAGAGGACUGCUCAGAGUUUAAGUUAGAAAUAAUCUGAUUUCUGCUGCAAUGGACGGAAUUAUAACUGAGGACUAUGGAGUGAGCCUCAGGUUUGCAGCUACAGAGGGGAUGCCCAGUGAGCAGCAUUCCAUUUCUGGUGACUCAAUUGCUGAUUGGCGAUCUUCAGAGCAGGUUGAGAAUGGAACAGCUUCCACAUCGCUCCCUUAUUGGGAUAUCGAUGAUGAUGAUGACUGUGGACCAAAGCCUUUGGAUCUUUAUGGAAGAUUCACGUGGAAGAUUGAAAAGUUUUCAACAAUCAACAAAAAGGAAUUGCGUAGUAAUGCAUUUGAAGUUGGUGGUUACAAAUGGUACAUACUGAUCUAUCCACAAGGAUGUGAUGUCUGCAAUCAUCUUUCUUUGUUUCUUUGUGUUGCCAAUCACGAACAACUUAUGCCAGGGUGGAGUCAUUUUGCACAAUUCACUAUAGCUGUAGUGAAUAAAGAUCCAAAGAAAUCAAAGUACUCUGACACACUACACAGGUUCUGGAAGAAGGAACAUGAUUGGGGAUGGAAAAAAUUCAUGGAACUGUCAAAAAUACAUGAUGGUUUCAUUUUUUCAGACACUCUUAUUAUCAAAGCGCAAGUUCAGGUUAUCAGGGAAAAAACAAAUCGUCCUUUCAGAUGCCUUGAUAUUCAAUACCGGAGAGAACUUGUUCGAGUAUAUGCAUCAAGUGUAGAGCAGAUUUUCCGGCGUUUUCUAGAAGAGAGGAUAGCCAAGUUGAGAAAAUUUAUUGAGGACAUAUUGAGGUGGCAUAGUUUUUGUGCCUUUUGGUUAGGAAUUGAUGCAAAUGCUAGGCGGCGCAUGUCCAGAGAUAAAACAGAUGCUAUACUGAAAGUAGUGGUCAAACAUUUUUUCAUAGAGAAAGAAGUUACAUCAACUUUAGUUAUGGAUUCUUUAUACAGUGGGCUCAAAUCUCUCGAAUACCAGAGCAAGAACAUGAAAGGGACAGCUAAAUUAGGAGAAUCAGAAGAAUUACCAGCUCCUAUGGUCCAUAUUGACCAAGAUCUCUUUGUAUUGGCUGAUGAUAUAAUAAUUUUGAUAGAAAGAGUGGUAUCAGACUCCUUAUCACAGCAGCCUUUGCCUUCCAAAGAUGACAAGUAUUCACAGAACCGAGCAAAGGAUGGAAGUGCUGGAGACGAAUUUAUUAAGGAAUCUGUUGAGCGAGACGAGCGACGACUUUUAGAGCUGGGUCGCAGAACUAUAGAAAUGUUUGUGCUGGUUCAGAUGUUCAGCAGUAGAAUCGAAGUUUCCUAUCAGGAGGUUGUUGCUCUAAAGAGGCAAGAGGAACUUAUUCGUGAGGAGGAAGUAGCCUGUCAAGCUCAAUUAAAGCGUGGUUCUAGUGAAAGGGAAAGACGUUCAAAGAAAAAGCAGGCUAAACAGAAGCGCAACGGUCGCAAAGCUAAAGACCGAGGGAAAGAUGAGGAUUGUAAUCCCAGGAAGGAAAAAUUCCAGCUUGAAUGUCAAUCUGAAGAUAGGAUUCUUGAUAGCUUCCCUUCUGAUCAAGUAGAAUUGGCUGGUGAAAAGAUUUUUACCCAUGAAGCUGCAUCAGAUGUGUAUGAUGCCGUAGACGAUGUUGUCGAGGUCGUUCAACCUGACAUUGAUGAGGCAGGUUUUUGUCCUUCUAUAUCAGAUACUGACACUUCAGAAAUUCAUCCGGUCAUUGAAAUUAAUGGCGUUGAUGUACAAAAUGGACAAAUUGACAAGAGGAGCCAGUCUCUUAUAGCUGAUAGCUCUUUGACAUGGUCAACUGAGUCAGUCCUCUCAGCUCUAGACAGGGUAUCAUACAAUGGUAGCACAUUACCAAAUAACAAAAAAAUACAGUACUCUCGCAGCAGGAGAAAAAAUAAACGAGAUAUUGAAAAAGAAUGUAUAGAUUCGACAAAUGGUGUGGAUAAUCAACGAGCUAAAAAUAUUAGUGAUGGUAGCUCUCAUGACAUCAAUGGCAAGAAGGCUUCAGAAACCGAACCAGAUUCCACUGUAUCCUCCAUGAGUGAAGAGCAGCGACCUGAGAAAAAUAUGGCUGAAAAGGAGGAUGUUGCUAUUCUACAAAAAAGAUCAACUUCGAAGGAUCUGGCUGAUGCAGAUAGGAUACCUUCUUCACCUAGUCUCAUCAGAAAAACACCUGCCAUUCUUCUGCAGCGAAAACAGUCAUUAGCAACUACUUCCUCUGUCACUGCUGCUGCUGCAGCAAUAAAGCCUGCUUCUAAUAAAAAGCUUUCUUCAAAUAUUGCCCAAGCUGAUAACGCAAUACCUAUCACAUCAAGGUCAACAACUACCUCUAGCAUCCACUCCGAAGCUCAGAAAAAUAACAUACCAGGAAAAAUUAGUAGCUCUCUUCAAGCCAAUGCUACGUCAAGGCCAUCCAGUGCUCCACUUAUCCCAGCUUUGAGGCCAACUGCUUCAAUCACUACCACACAACAAGCUGUACCUGUACUUUCACGCUCUGUCAGCUCAGCUGGUCGAUUGGGCACUGCUCCAUCUGCAUCUGCCCCAAGUAAUGUUCCCCAGUCGUACAAAAAUGCCAUAAUUGGUAAAAUGGCAAAUGCUUCGUCUUCCCAAAGUGUUGCAUGCUCUCAGUCUCCUUCAGAGUUUGCAUCAUCUGCAUCUACCCUUCCUCAGACUCCUUCAAGGAAUGAACAUAUGCCAAGUCAAUCUGGCUUGACCUUUGGUUGCCUUAAUCCAGAUGUGGUGACUAGCCUGCACCCGUAUAGAGAUAACCACUAUGAAUUUGCCACUUCCACCACCAGCAGCAGCAGUAGCACCUACAACAGUCAGAGUUUUGGUUCACUUGUGGGUAACAUGGAGAAGCUUAACCUCUAUGGGAAUCCUAACACGCAAUAUCCAGAUGCAAUUGGGUCCAGGGUUUGUCCACAACCACAAGACACGGUUGUGGAGGAGUUCCCCCACCUCGACAUCAUAAAUGACUUGCUCAAUGAGGAUGAAAACAUUGGACGGACAGAUAUGAGUUCUAGUCACAUUUUCAGUCAGCACUACUCGCUUCCAGUUAACUAUUCUAAUGGUGAGACUAGGCUAUUAGUUAGCGCAAACCGAUUUGGUCAAUCUGAGAAUCACUAUGGUGAGGGACUUCAAAGGGGCUAUGAUGGUGCUUCCAGUAACCUACUCCACAGAAUUAGAGAUGAGCAUUUCCACCAGAUGGAUCAUUCAUCCUACGCGAAUAGCAUGUUUGACAGAUCGAUGCAGAAGCAAUUGCCAUACAGAAAUACCGAUCCCUUGAUAUUCAACUUGACUAACGGAGAUGCUAAUGGAUAUGCUCAUCAACUUCCAUACUAUAUGGCAAGAGGGGGUAACGGAUUCUUGUACCGUCCUAAUGGGCCAUGAGUAGAGCGAAACUUAAUCAUUGGCCACAAUAAUGAUUGUAAUUGAGGUAUUUUAUUCUCCUGAGCUGCCAGUAAAUUAUACUUCUUUGA